UUCGUCGAAACAGUUUGGCCAACCGAUCGGUCGAAAUUCAACGACUCCCAGCUACAGCAGUUCCAUCAACGCCGGGACAGUCUAUCAAUAGUGUCCGAUUGUCUCGUCUACGGAGAGCGAUUGGUCAUUCCUGCAAAAUUUCGAGAUCGGGUUCUGCGUGUUCUACACAAGGGCCACCCUGGAGUGGAGAGAAUGCGGUCCAUAGCACGUAGCUACGUCUAUUGGCCCGGAAUCGACGAGCAAAUCAGCCAGCGUGUCCGAGCGUGUGUGGAAUGUUCGAGAGCCGCCAAGACCAACACAAAAACUAAUUUGGAAUCUUGGCCUGUACCAGAAAAACCAUGGCAACGAUUACACGCCGAUUAUGCUGGGCCAGUCGACGGCAAUUACUACCUAAUUGUUGUUGACGCUUUCAGCAAAUGGCCAGAAGUCAUCUCCACCAAGCGCAUCACAGCAUCUGCAACGGUGGCCAUGUUCCGCGAGAUCUUCGCCAGAAACGGGAUGACCGAAACUUUGGUUACCGACAAUGGCACACAGUUCGCGAGCGAGGAAUUCGAAACGUUCUGCAGCAACCAAGGAAUCCUUCACCUUAGAACACCGCCGUACCAUCCGCAGUCGAACGGUCUCGCAGAGAGAUUUGUCGACACAUUCAAGCGAGGACUUCGGAAAAUAACGACGGGGGGAGAGCCUCUCCGCGAAGCAAUUGAUACUUUCCUUUUGUGCUACCGCUCCACUCCUUGUCGUAGCGCACCUGAUGGGAAGUCUCCAGCAGAGCUGUUAUUGGGCAGACGAUUACGAACAGCAUUGGACCUAUUGAGACCACCAACCUCGUUCUACAAGCAACCUGAAUCGAAGCAGGAAAUCCAGUUCAAUCGAAAGCAUGGCACGAAAGCGUUGAACUACGAUGUCAAUGAUCUGGUUUGGACUAAAGUACACCGAAACAACACCUGGUCCUGGGAGCCUGGUCAAAUCCUCGAACGUAUUGGCCGGGUUAUCUACAAUGUUUGGUUACCAGAAAAGCGAAAUCUUGUGAGGUCCCAUACGAACCAACUGAGGAAGCGGUACGAGUCCGAACAACCAACAUCACCAGUACAACAGCAGUCGACGCAAAUUCCGCUAAGCAUCCUGUUAGAUUCUUGUGGUCUUAGUCAGCCAUCAGCCGAACAAGCAAUAGGUGGGCCAUCGCAGUUACCGUUACUCAACCAGCUAAUACCUACCGAGGUCCCUCGCCGAGCGCCUUCCAAGCCCCCAAGAGCUGCUACUCAGCAACAACCGAGCCAGCUUCGCCAAUCUUCUAGAGUAAGAAGAACACCCGUGAGGUAUGAGCCGUAUCAUCUCUUCUAAGAGGGGGAGGUGUUGGGAGGACACCCCUACACAACCUUAUCAUCAUCAUCAUUAUCAGUGGGCUCAUCGUCUGACACAUUCUGUCAGAGUGACUGACGUCUGCCACCCAAGAACACCAAUUGUGCAAGUCAUUCUAAUUCACCACUCUAAUCAAGAACCACACCGUUUAUUCGUUUUAGUUGUAACAAUCGUGUAAUAAAGUUUUUAAUAUGUUAGUUGUAUAAAUCAUCGGCCUAUUUAUUACAACAAUUAGAAAUGAGAUGUGAGACGUGAAACGUUUUUUUUUUAUAAAAUCUUUUAUUAUUGACUGAUUAUCUUAAAUUAAGUUUACAGAAAUUGCCACUAUUCGUAUUAAAUUACACAU